CAAACGAAGAAAUCUAAGAAACAGGCCUGCUGAACGCAGCACCUGCGGUCAAAAACUUUUUCAAAAUCAAAUGUUCAACUCAACUCGCACAAACUCAACUCACUCUAUCCACUCCCUCGCCCUCGAAACGCGCCGACUUGUCAAGAAAUACGCAAAUACAUCCUAACAUGAGUCGCAAGAGAGACAAGUCCUACUUCUCCCGCCACGAACCCACUUCAGCCCCUAAACGCCGCCGUCCUCUCCCCCCUCCGCGGCUGCCAACCGCUGAUGAUGACAAGCCGACCGCCAAGCCCAAUCCUCCGCCAGCCGUGGUGGUGCUGGGUCUGUCCCCGAAUUGCUCCGUUCUUGAUUUGAAGUCGAGGUUCGAGAUCUACGGCUCAAUCUCCCGCAUUCGCAUCGAUCGCAACGGCGUCGGAAACAUCGCCUUCCGUACAAAAGAAUCUGCCGAAGCUGCUAUUGCUGCUGCUCUAGAUGCGUCCUUUGGCAUCACCGUCGAUUCCCAAAAGGUACAAGUUUUAUGGGCAACAGAUCCUCUGGCCCAAUGGAAGGAAGCAGUUGGAGUUGGUGCCGAUAAGGACAAUGGUUCAUCUUCCAAACUUUUGCGUGCCAAGGUACCUCUCAGCAGACAUGGAAGAGGUAAUAAGCUUGCUUCAGCGAUAGUCAACCCCAAAAGUAGUAAUGAUGGUUCUUCAGCCUUAGAGGUCCCUUUUAAAGGCAGAGAAAUCGUUGCUUAUGAUGAUAUCCUGUAACUGUAGAAUUGGUAUUUGUCGGGUGCUCAUCCUCCUUUGUAAUACGAGAGUUGAUAUAGUUUCAGUAAAAAUAGGUUGAAUUUGAAGUGCGUAGCCAAAAGUUAGCUGCUCUAAAUUAUUAGUGGAAGUUGUCUGAUAUGGCGGUGGUUUUAAUAGUGUUUCGGUUGGUAGUGAAUGUCGUGUUGAGUUAUGUUUCACUUGUAUUUCUUGGUUGUUAAAUUGUUCUCUUUGAUGAGGAUUUAGGUGUUUGCUUAAUAUGAAUGUACUCCUGUGUAUCUUAAUUCAAGAGUUGUAAAUCUGUGAAUGGGAAUAGAUUUCUAUUUCCCAAUACUUAUUAAUAGCUUGAAUUGGGUGGUUUGUAGUUCGUAGGAUCCAAAAGGCUUGAUUUGAGUGAGUGCAAAGUUUAAUGUUCAGUCUACUAUGUAUGGAUUUUUCAGACUACACAAAUUUUAUUUUGCUCUAUCAA